UGUUCUCCACCAAACACCAGCCUGCAAAGAUGAAAUGAGCAGACAAGUCGUUACGAAGGCUGCCGCACAAAGUAGGUGAGGAAAGAUGGAGAUAAAGGAAUAUGAGAUCCCCCCUCUGGAGCUCCCCAAGGUUCGAUGCAGCCUGGGCUCCAGCUCGGGACUUCGCUACGGCUCUCUCGUGAACAGCGUUUCAUCGCUCGCACCAGACGCAGCACAGAGAGGAGCCGUAUCACCCAGACGUGCCUAUUUAGCCAUUGCUGUGCUCUGCUACAUCAACUUGCUCAACUACAUGGAGCGGUACACAAUAGCAGGUGUUCUUUCUGACAUUCAGAAAUUCUUUCUUAUUAGUGACAGUACAGCUGGACUUCUGCAAACAGUUUUCAUCUGCAGUUUUUUACUUCUGGCUCCUCUCUUCGGUUACCUCGGGGAUCGCUACAAUCGCAAAUACAUCAUGAUCGGGGGUCUGAGCGUGUGGCUCCUGACCGCAGCCGGCAGCUCUUUCGUCAACGAGUCGCAAUUCUGGCUUCUGGUUCUGUUGCGAGCUCUUGUGGGUGUCGGAGAGGCCAGCUACUCCACCGUCGCCCCCACCAUCAUUGGAGAUCUCUUCACCGGAGGUCGGCGAAGCGUCAUGAUCUGCAUCUUCUACAUCUUUAUACCUGUUGGAAGCGGUCUUGGAUACAUAACCGGAGCAGGGAGUGUGAGUCUUACGGGGGACUGGCACUGGGCUCUCAGGAUCACUCCCAUCAUGGGUGCAGUGGGACUCAUCCUGCUGGUGUUCCUGUGUCCUAACCCGCCUCGAGGUGCUGCAGAAACCAACGGAGACGGCGUCAUUGGAAAUAGCUCCUACAUGGAGGACGUGAAGUAUCUGCUGAAAACUAAAAGUUACGUUUGGUCGUCACUGGGAGUGACCGCUCUGGCCUUCCUCACCGGAGCCUUGGCUUUCUGGUUGCCCACCUUCUUGACCCGAGCUCACGUCACUCAGGGUCUCCGACCUUCGUGCACCGGAGACACCUGCAACACCACAGACAGUUUUAUCUUUGGUGCUGUGACCGUGGCAACAGGUGUUCUGGGAGGGGCUUUGGGCACCACCAUAUCCAGACGCUUGGUGGGCAGGUUUCCACACGCGGACCCCCUCAUCUGUGCAGUGGGCAUGCUGGGAUCAGUCCCCUGCCUGUUCGUCAUCAUUUUUGUGGCAUCGUCAAGCAUUCCAGCUACUUAUGUGUUUAUUUUCCUGGGUGAGUUGUUGCUCUCGCUGAACUGGGCUGUCCUGGCUGAUAUACUGCUGUAUGUUGUUGUGCCAACAAGAAGGGCAACAGCAGAGGCUCUGCAGAUCACCAUCGGUCAUCUCCUGGGAGAUGCUGGAAGUCCUUACCUGUUAGGAGUGAUCUCGGAUGCUAUACGCUCAUCUAAACCUGAAACCCACGACUGGAGCUUCCACAGUUUGAAGUACAGCCUGAUUCUCUGCCCGUUCGUCGGGGUCCUGGGUGGAGUGUUUUUCCUCAUCACCACCCUCUAUGUCACUGAAGACAGGAAGGCAGUCCAGCGACUGGUCGAAGGGGAUCUGCAGCCGCAGCAGGCCCCCACACCUGACUCCUCCGUGGAAAUGAGCAACAAGACAAUAGAGUAAACUGGAGUGAAGAACUGGUUUGUGAUUUCUCCUCCAGAAGCCUGUAUUCAUGUAGUUAUCUUCCACCAGACUUUGUUUAAAGAUCCAUUCUGACUGGGUCACAUGUUCAGUGAUGAAACCGUCUUUUAUCUCAUCCAGAGGGGCAGCUCUUGCUCUCAGGUUCUUCUCCAGCAUGUGCACGACACGACACCAGCACUUUGGAAAUGAAAAUAAUUCAUCC